GGGUACAGCCACGAGAACGAGCUUGAUUUGGCUCUGAUGGUGGGUGAAUUCUGGGAGAGCGGAAGCGGAAGUGCCGAUUCACGGUAUAGCAGCGACAGUGAUUCUGGCUUCUCUGAUCUUGCUCACCUUGCUGAAAAAGUUCUGGUGCGUUUUUGAAAUCCUUAUGGUUUCUAUUUCAUCUAACUUUUGUUAUUUGUUUGUUGUUGAUUAUAUUUUACUUACUAUUAUAGUUUUUUCAAAUAUUUAGAACGGUUUAUGUCUAUAACUAGCAUAAGAAUACUCUAAUCUUUGGGGGUUAAAUCAGCUUUUAAUCAUAGAAAAAUUAGUCGCGGAUGCAAUUGAAUGCCUAUUUAUGCAUCAAUCCUUUUGAACGAAGUGAGUCCUGCAUAUCAUUUGGACUUCGCAAUAUUAACUGCUUAGUUGCCAAUCUAGAUUCAUUACUUUAUUAGCACAUCCCAAGUGCGCUGGAAAUUAUAUCAUUUGGCAUAUUCGGUCAGGAUUAAAAUAUUAAAAAUAGUUCAUCUUCAUAUCUAGAAUAUUUAUCACUUGAAAAAUAAAUGUAUGAGUUAACACUUACAAGGUACAAGCUACCAGAUAAGGUAAGCUUAGGGGUUCAUAUCAAUUGGUUCACUUUGAUUGAACCAAAUACAGUUUCUUAACUGCAUAUGAAGACCGCAUAUGUCAUAUGUAAUCAUAUAAUGUCGUUUUGCAAUCUCCUUCAAAAUCCUUCUAGGUUGUCAACUAUGCAACCCAAGCAAGGAUUUUUUAGAACCAUGAGUUGCUGAAAAGAAUAAUUUAGCAAAAAGGCGAUAAAGAAAUUUGAUGUUGAUUGCUAAUAUCAAUCAUAGGAAACAGAUAAAGAAGUAUUUUACACAUAAAAGUGAAAACUGACAAACCUGGUUUAGAUGAUUAGAUCAUAAAGAAAUAUUUAGCCCAUAAAAAAAGUUCUUAGUUAUUCUUAGAAUAUCCAUACUUACGGGAGCAAAAGAUGAAGCCGUCACCUUAACGCCCUUCCAAGGCAGCCCCACACUCUCUGGAAAGGGUAAAUCAUGAAGGACAUUUGCCCUAGAGUAGUGGCUCUUUGCAUGGGGAGGUCAAGACAAGGCAUUUUGCACUCGUUGGAAAUUAACUCCAAGAUCUAUUGGAGCAAUCAUUCAUGCAGGUUCCAAUUGCGUUAACCCAUGGGGGCUUAAAACUUUCAUACUUGAUUCAAUGAUCUGACUGCUAAUUAUAUGACAUAAACAUUCAAAAACAUUGCAUUUUAAAUGGGGCGUGAGAUUUUUUUUUUUGAUCAAAUGGAGAAUUGAUGGUUGUGUCUAUUUUUACUUAUUUCAGAAUACAAUAUUACUAAACAAAAAUUGUUGUACUUACUGAAUCAGACCAAUUUGGCUUCAGAUCCUUGUUAAUUGAUUGAAUUUCCUUGCUCAUUUUGAUUUUGAAAACACUAUCAAAUCACACUAGUUGUCAUUUAUUUAUAUCUAAUAAAUAUCUUAUAUUCUAAGCUUCUCAAAUUGAAUUUUUGUUUUUAAUAUUCUAUUUACAAAUUUAGGUUUUAUUUUCAUCUGAAAAUUUGCAUUCUUCUUUAGAGAAUAUCAAGCUUAAUUUUGUAGUGAAUUAAUUAAUAACUGUAUUAUAUAAUGCUAAUUCCUAAUUUCUUUUUUGUGUAGAUCAAGUCAUCCCCUUUUUUCAUGUGCUAACCAUGAAUUUUCUAAAUCCGAGAUUGUAAUUUAUUUUGUAGACCAAUUAAGUUUCUUAUUAGAUCACUACAUCGUACAUUACUAUAGCAAAUAAUAUUUAUACAACAAAAAAAUGCAAUUUUUUAUCCUUUGUUACUCAGAUUUGGUGGUUAUCUCUCUUGUACCCACGUUGACGCCAGACAACAUGGUUGUGAUGCAUAAAAGAAUAUAUCCGGUUUGCAAAAACAAGUAGUAAAAAAAUAACUAAUGAAUGAUAGCAAAAGCACUUAAAUAACUAAAACAAUGUGUCAAAUAAUGUUAAAUGUUACAAAUUGUUGCUUUUUUCAUUUCAAGUCCGCUAGCCCUUGUGGUUGCCGCAUCAACCAUUGAUCGCAGGUGAAUUGCUGCUUCUCUGCGUGAGUUAACGGGGAUGUAUCACCAUAAAUAUGUCCACAUGUGCAUAUGUAGGGCCUUCAUUGAGACAAGCAACCCCUCCCAUUGUUGCAUGAUGAAAAAUUCUUUGAUAUUCACUUCACAGAUGUGGCAAAACUUAUCUAGAAAUGCUUUUACAAACCUAAUCUCUUUUCAGAUAACAAAGCAAUUAGCUUCUGCUUUGUCUCUUCAGAGUACAGUCAGAUUAAAUGUAAAAUAACAUGAACCAAGAGCUCAUACAUAUUAGGCUUUGUAAGUAUGUAGUACAUUCAUCUUGCUGUUAAAAUUUCUAGGUGAAAAAUGGGUGCAGUUUUAGUACAUUUAAAUUCAGGUAUAGCUACUAAAGUAGGUAUAGUUAUUAUAUUGGUUUAACCUUUGUAUAUAUAUAGAUGUAGAUAUAGAUUACCCAUUGCUCGAAUUAAAAGGCAUCAAUUGAUCCAACUGAAUAAGUAUCUGCUAUUAUAUGAGUUAUAUGCAUGCUGAUCAUAAAUAUUUUAGAAAACAUUUCUGUAUGAAGUAUUUCCUACAGUAAGGUUGUUUUGUAGUUGCUUUUCUGGAUGAUUCCUCAGAUGCUUCUGAAUCUUGGAAUAGCAUUCUGCUAUUUGUUUCUCUUCCUAGUCUUUUUUUGUUUGUUUGUUUGUUUAUCUUCACUGGUGUGGCAAAAGGCGAUUUGCUCGCCCCCAGCACCCCCGCUAACCUAUCCCUAGGCCAACAUGGAGGAGGUAAAUCACGGGUGACUACUAGCCAUUAGUGCAAGUGGUCAAAGCAUGGGGAAAGGUAUCCUCGGACGCACCGAGUUUCGAUCCCAAGACCUCAUGUGGCAACAUCCUAUGUCUUAACCACUGCACCGUCCCGAGGAGGCUUGUUUAUCUUCACUCGUGGACUAUGCUUUAUUAGCCAUCUAGAAGUCUUUGGCUGAGUUUGGAUUAUGAGAGCUGCUUCUAUUAUCAGUUUGUUUAAUUAACAUUUAGAGACACUAGUCUGAACCUUGCUCUUUCAACUACCUGAUUUUUUAUUUAUUUAUUUGAGCCAUCAUUUAGGAUUUGAAUAAAAAUGCCAUUUUUCCAAAUCCAUUGUUUUAUUUCUUUGGAAUUUCUAUUUUGUAAUUGAAAUAUGCUAUUUCUAAAGAUAUUUUGUGAAGGUGGUGGCAUGACAAUUCUUUCAAUAUGAGUUGUAUAUGAAAUGCAGAUUUGGUUUUAAGAUGGAUGUGCUUAGCUGGAAGGCAGCAACAAAUCAAUCUGUAGUUUGAAUCACAAUUAAGUUAUAUAAGUUGAGUUACAUAAACGAGGUAUGACGCCAAUAGAGAGUGAUUUACAAUCUCUCGUCCAUUCCCUUCUUUUCUCUGUCAGUGAGGUUGACCUUUAUCUCAUAAAGGAAGAACAAUGCAAUGCCAGUUGUAUAAGGGAAUCAUUGGCUAAGCUUUUGAAGCUCUCCGGCUAUGAUGCAGCUGUAUGCUCAUCGAAAUGGCAGGGUACUGAGUCUAUUGACAAAGUACCAGGAGGGGAACAUGAAUAUGUCGAUGUAGUUCUCAGUGAUUCUCAAGGUUCUGAGCGUUUGAUCAUCGACAUAGACUUCCGCAGUCACUUUGAAAUUGCAAGAGCAGUAGCAUCUUAUGAUGCUCUUCUGAGAUCUCUCCCAGUGGUUUAUGUCGGCACCUUGCCCAGACUUGCACAGUUCUUGCAAGUCAUGGUAGAUGCUGCAAAAUUUUCUCUCAAACAGAACUCGAUGCCACUGCCUCCAUGGAGAUCAUUGACUUAUUUGCAAGCUAAGUGGUGCUCCAAUUACGAGAGAAAACUGAAUAUUGAUGUAACUAAUCAAUCUAUCAGUAGUACUGAUCAUAGACAGUGUGUCGGGCACCUAGAGAGCCUGAAAACCUCCCUCAAGUUUGCAAUCGAGUCUGAACGGUUGCUGAAGCCUAUUGCUAAUGAAAAGAAACGGAUGAAGUCGGAAAGAGGAAGGCUCUCCCUCCUCUGUUCGUGAGAGUGUACAGCAUAUUGCAACAAUGAGUCUUCCGUCGGCGGAUGUGAAAAAUAGAUAAAGAGAACGUUCAAAAUACAAAUUUUUUUCUUGCUAAUAAAAUAGCAAUACGAUAAACUGGAGCCAGCUUUAUCAGAGUUUUGAUGCAAACGGAGCUGCAAGUAACUCGAGUUCAAAUUACAAUGGUUAAUUGUUUCAUCUGUUUGUGUGGAACAACAAGCCAGCAAAAGCUGCGAGGUCCUUGUUCCUUCCGAGGAAUUCAUUGCGUGCAUUCUUAUUUUUGUUUGAUGAGUGUGGUAGAUCUUUUUAUCUCUACCAUAAUGUAGUAUGAACUUGUUUACCAUGAAGAAAUUCCUUCCACAUUA